GGGGCGGUGCCGGGGGCGGUGAGGGGAAGGCAAGAUGGCGGUGCAGGCCGUGCACCUGGAGGCGGACGCGUUCCUGGUGUGCCUGAACCACGCGCUCAGCACCGAGAAGGAGGAGGUCAUGGGGCUCUGCAUCGGAGAGGUGGACACCAGCAGGAUCGUCCACAUCCACUCUGUGAUCAUCCUGCGCCGCUCCGACAAGAGGAAGGACCGCGUGGAGAUCUCCCCGGAGCAGCUCUCAGCUGCCUCCACAGAAGCAGAGAGGUUGGCUGAGAUGACAGGACGUCCCAUGAGGGUGGUGGGCUGGUACCACUCCCACCCCCACAUCACUGUCUGGCCCUCACACGUGGAUGUCCGUACACAGGCCAUGUAUCAGAUGAUGGACCAAGGCUUUGUAGGGCUGAUCUUCUCCUGCUUCAUUGAGGACAAGAACACCAAGACAGGCAGGAUUCUCUAUACCUGUUUCCAGUCUAUUCAAGCCCAGAAGAGCUCAGAGUACGAAAGGAUUGAAAUUCCUAUUCAUGUUGUCCCCCAUGAAACCAUUGGGAAAGUGUGUCUGGAAUCAGCUGUGGAGCUGCCCAAGAUCCUUUGCCAAGAAGAGCAAGAUGCCUACAGGAGAAUUCACAGCCUCACCCAUCUGGACUCUGUAACCAAGAUCCAUAAUGGCUCAGUGUUCACAAAGAACCUCUGCAGCCAGAUGUCUGCCAUCAGUGGGCCCCUCCUGCAGUGGCUGGAGGACAGACUGGAGCAGAACAAACAGCGGGUGCAGGAGCUGCAGCAGGAGAAAGAGCAGCUCCUGGAGGAACUCGCUGCUUUAGAGUGAGGAGGAAAUGCAGACCCUUCAGAAAAGAGACUAAAAAAAUCUACACCACCUCCUCCAGGCUGAAGGGUGGCCCUGAAUUGCCUUACAGUGAAGGCUGUGCCUCUUCUCCUGCAGCACAGAGCACGUCUCCAGGAUAAGGACUUUGUCUGCCCCAGCUUGGAGCAAAGCAGGGCUGUGUCUGCAGGUGCUGCAGUGGUGGGGCUGGGCAGCACCUGAAGAGACUCCUGUUCUGGAGGGCACACACGUAGGGAACAUGUUGUUUCUCCCUUCUCUAUAUUUUGACAGAAGUCUUACUGCUUUACAUGUAUUCCAGGACCCUGGAACAGGAGGGUUAGAGGGGAAAAGUGUGUCUCUGCAGUCAUAUCUGAUGCUGCCAACUUCUGCCUUCUUUUAGUAGCUUCAGUUGACCAUGAUCUUAUAUCUAGUAAUGUUCUGGACUGCUGGCCAUCCACCCAGGCAGGUAAGAGGUGGGACUUUGACACAGGAUCUGUUCAGCAUAUGUCAAACCAAAUAAAGAAUUCCAAAGCUAGAGCUGUUUGGAGUAGAAAUGAAAUGAAUGCUACGAAGUGCCAGUGCCUGCAGUUUUUGGUCCAUCUCUGCUCUCUUCAUGUGAUGCUGUUGUGAGCCCAGCACUGAGGUUCUCUGCAAAAUCAGCUGUUUCUGCUGCUUCAGUGACAGGACUGUGGUUCCUCCCCAGAGGGAAGAAGUUUAAGAUGCUGGGAAGAGAACUGGUAGAUAUACAAGCCUGUCGUUCUUAUAUGCUGAACUUAAUUGUUAAAAAUCUCUGAAGACUGGAACAAAAUAGCUGUUGUUGAACUAAUCCUUUAAAUGUUCUUGCUGUUGCAUUUCAGAGUAUCCCCCAGAGUAUCAUGUACAACCUGCUGUGUUCUGUUUUGUGAAGUUUGUCUCGUGAGCAAAGGGGCAAAGCACAGUUAAAAUUCCUGUUUCAGCUCCUUGGUUCUAACCUAAAUUCUUACACAGACAGAUGAAAAUGAGCUGCCUGCAUUACUGCAGGGAACAUUGUUCAAUUCCUGACAGCUCAUUGUCUGGAUUGUUGCUGUGGGAGAAUGAAAGUAAGAGCUGGGAGAGAGGCACUCCCUGUCGGAGAGGGCCAGCAUUGAUGAGCAGUGUAAAGGGAUCUGGAAGCCCCAUAACCCCAUUGCUUUUGUCAGACUUGACUUUUUAAGCUUUCUGCAUUUCUGUUGGCAAUCCCCAAAGAGUAGAACUUUCAAGUAUAA